AUGGUCUUCUAUCCACCAAGCUGGGCCCCGGAGCUCCCCAUUGACCCUCCGGACUCAAUUACGAUUGCAGAGUUCAUGAGAAACGAGAAGUAUGGCAGAUGUCCGCUCUCACAAAGUCGCAAUCCGUUCACUUGCGGGUUGACGGGGAGAACUUACUCAGCAACCCAAUUCUUUCAGCGAUCAGAAUCCCUAGCAAAAUCCCUAAGCAAGAGGAUGGGAUGGGCACCUAAUGAGGGCACGUGCUGGGAUAAAGUCGUUGGCAUAUUUUCAUUCAACACCAUUGAUUAUAUCCCGGCUGCAUAUGCUGUCCACAGGCUGUCUGGAAUUGCAAGCCCCGCGAAUGCAGCCUAUUCGGAGCCUGAGUUGACUCAUCAGCUUAAAUCCUCGGGGGCACAGAUUCUGUUCACUUGCAUCCCUCUCCUUGACAUAGCAGUUAAAUCUGCUGAGGCAGCUGGGAUUCAGAAGGAUAGGAUUUUCAUCUUGCCCAUGGUGGGGGACAAGAAACGUGUGCCCUUUCAGAGCAUCGAGGAGCUUAUAUCAGAAGGUGAAAGUCUGCCCGAGCUCGAGGCUCUGAGUUGGACCGAAGGUCAAGGUGCCCGGCAACCGGCUUUCUUAUGUUUUUCAAGCGGGACGUCCGGUCUUCCGAAAGCUGUGAUGAUAUCCCACAGAAAUGUCAUCGCAAACAUCCUGCAGCAUACCACAUAUGAGUCUGUUGCACGAAAACAACUGGGUAUCUCAACACAAGUUGAGCUGGGUCUCAUGCCUCAAAGCCAUAUAUAUGGACUUAUUGUUGUUUCCCACACGGCCCCCUGGCGCGGGGACGAGAUCAUAAUCUUGCCGAAGUUUGAGUUUGAGUCCUACCUUGCAGCCAUACAACGCUUCAAGAUCGAACAUCUCAUCAUUGUACCACCAAUAGUCAUCCGAAUGUUGCAAUCAAGAGACGUUUGCAGCAAGUAUGACCUGAGCAGCGUGCGAUUCGUUUACUCUGGCGCGGCGCCUCUAGGUGAGGAAACCAUCGAAGACCUCAAAAAAAUAUAUCCCAAGUGGACCGUUGCUCAAGCGUAUGGUAUGACUGAGACGGCUGUGGUCGUAAGCUCAACCAGCGAACACGAUGUUGUCAACCGUUCCUCUGGCUCCUUGCUCCCUGGCAUUCGGGUUAAGAUAGUCGAUCUCGAAGGCAACGAGGUUACCGAGUGCGACAAGUCUGGAGAAAUUCUCGUCCAGUCCCCUUCAUCUGUGCUUGGAUAUUUGAAUAAUGAGAAAGCCACCACUGAAACCUUCGUUCAUGACAAGGAUGGUCGAUGGGUUAAAACUGGAGAUGAAGGACUUUUCACCAAGUCUCCUUCCGGCCAUGAGCAUUUGGUAAUUGUCGACAGAAUCAAGGAACUCAUAAAAGUCAAGGGCCAUCAAGUCGCACCGGCAGAACUGGAAGCACACAUCCUCGCACACCCUGCUGUUUCGGACUGCGCCGUGAUCCAAACACCAGAUGACCGAAGCGGUGAGGUCCCGAAGGCCUUCGUGGUCAAGUCCCCUGAGUUCGCAAAGCAAUCAGAAGAUGAGGUCGCUCAAAUAAUCAUCAAGCAUGUUGCAGACCACAAGUCGCACUAUAAGAGAAUCACCGGAGGGGUUGAAUUCCUGGAUGAGAUACCUAAGAGCCCUAGCGGCAAGAUUCUUCGAAGAGGCGAAGUCCUUUAG